AUGGAAAACGUUACAAUUGGUAUUUUAGGUGGUGGCCAAUUAGGCCGUAUGCUUGUUGAAGCUGCUCAUCGUCUCAAUAUUAAAACUGUCAUCUUGGAUGCUCCAAACUCUCCAGCUAAACAAAUCAAUGCUUUAGAUGAGCACGUUGACGGUUCAUUCUCAGAUGCUGAAGGUAUUGCUAAGUUAGCAGCCAAAUGUGAUGUUUUAACUGUGGAAAUUGAACAUGUUGAUGCUGAUGCAUUAGCUAAAAUUGCUAAAUCUUCAAAUGUUAAAGUUUAUCCAUUACCAGAAACUAUCAAAUUAAUCCAAGAUAAAUAUUUACAAAAAUUACAUUUAAUAGAUCAUGGUAUUCAAGUUGCUGAAUCAAUUGAUGUUGAUAACACUGAAGAAGCUUUAGAAAAAGUUGGUGAAAAAUUUGAUUAUCCUUUUGUCUUGAAAGCUAGAACUUUAGCUUAUGAUGGUCGUGGUAACUUUGUCGUCAAAACUAAAAACGACAUCCCAGAAGCAUUAAAAACUUUAAACAACCGUUCAUUAUAUGCUGAAAAAUGGGCACCAUUCACCAAAGAAUUAGCCGUUAUGGUUGUUCGUUCAAUCGAAGGUGAAGUCUUUUCAUAUCCAACUGCCGAAACCAUCCAUAAAGAUAAUAUCUGUCAUCAAGUCUUUGCUCCAGCAAGAGUUCCAGAUUCAGUUCAAGAAAAGGCAAAAAUAUUGGCUCAAAAUGCUGUCAAAUCAUUCCCAGGUGCUGGUAUUUUCGGUGUUGAAAUGUUUUACUUACCAAAUGGUGAAUUAUUGAUCAAUGAAAUCGCACCAAGACCUCAUAAUUCUGGUCAUUAUACCAUAGAUGCUUGUGUUACCUCACAAUUUGAAGCUCAUAUCAGAGCUGUUGCCAACUUACCAUUACCAAAAAAUUUCACUCAAUUAACAACAACAAAUACAAAUGCCAUCAUGUUAAACGUGUUAGGUGCCAAAGAACCAAAUGGUGAAUUAGAAGCUUGCAGACGUACAUUAGAAACUCCAGGUGCUUCAGUUUACUUAUAUGGUAAAACAACAAGACCUGCAAGAAAAAUGGGUCACAUUAAUAUAGUCACAAGUGAUAUGAAAGAAAGUGAACGCCGUUUAGCUUAUAUAAUGGGUGAAACAUCUAAAUUAGAAAUAACAGACGAUGAUUCUAAAGGAAAAUCUCCUAAACCGUUAGUUAGUAUAAUAAUGGGUUCAGAUUCAGAUUUACCAGUUAUGUCAGUUGGUGCAAAUAUUUUGAAACAAUUUGGUGUUCCAUUUGAAGUUACUAUUGUUUCAGCUCAUAGAACUCCUCAUCGUAUGUCAAAAUUUGCCAUUGAAGCUGCUCAACGUGGUGUCAAAGUUAUAAUUGCAGGUGCUGGAGGUGCAGCUCAUUUACCAGGUAUGGUUGCUGCUAUGACCCCAUUACCAGUCAUUGGUGUUCCAGUUAAAGGUUCAACUUUGGAUGGUGUUGAUUCAUUACAUUCAAUUGUUCAAAUGCCUAGAGGUAUUCCAGUUGCUACUGUUGCAAUCAAUAACAGUACAAAUGCUGCAUUAUUAGCUGUUAGAAUAUUAGGUACUUCAUACCCACAAUAUUUCACUGAAAUGCAAAAUUAUUUACUAAGACAAGAAGAAGAAGUUUUAGUUAAAGCGGACAAACUUGAAACAAUUGGUUACGAAAAAUAUUUGGAAAAAUAA